CCGGGGAACCUUUUCUGUGACGCAACUCUUCCGGUCCACAUGUAAACGCCGCAGCGUGAAUCGAAAAGCCUCAGAGUGUGUGUGUGUGUGUUGGUAGGAAAUAAAUCCUCAUUGUGUUUAAACAUGAAGCUGCUCACACACAACAUGCUGACGUCUCACGUGAAGGGGGUCACUAAAGGAUACCCGCUGCUCAUCAAGGCAACUGAGGUGAAGGUGAAUGAGGUGGAGUUCAACCCUCAGUUCGUCACCCGGAUGAUUCCCAAACUGGAGUGGAGCGCUCUGGUCCAGGCUGCAGAGGAGCUGGGUCAUCGGCAAGACCUGCCGGGUGAGCUGGUGUCAGAGUACGAGAAAGAUGAAGAGUUCCUGAAGAAAGUGCACAGAGCGCUGUUAGAGGUGGAGGUGAUCGAGGGCUGUCUCCAGUGUCCCGAGUCAGGACGAGAGUUCCCCAUCUCCAGAGGAAUCCCCAACAUGCUGCUGAAUGAAGACGAGGCGUAAACACCCACUCAACAUUUCCUGUUACACAACCUCACCCAUAACUGUCACUCAGAUGGGAUUGUGGGUAUUCAGAAGGAGAGAGAGAGAGAAGAGAAAUGUCUGACUCUGGUUUGAGUUGGUGCACAGCACUGUUUGGUUCAUUGUAGUUUUGACAUUUAAGUGGCCAAUUCUAUCAAUGGAGGGAGAAGAUUGGAAAAGUAACAAAUGGAAAUGAUUCCCUGAGAGAAACCCCCAGUGGUUUUAUCUGUAUUUAUUUUUGUAACUGUUCACUCUUUCAUUUUCAAUAAAACUGUCCUUAUUUCCAUGACAGCCAAAA